ACGUUGUCUCGGCAACACAAAAUGCUGUGUUCACCGCAGAGUCUGAUACAAACCUGUCCAACCUUUCCUGAUCCUCUGUGUCAUGUCAGUACAAACUGACACCCCAAACUGACGGAACCCCAAGCUGGAACCAGGUCCCCGACUGUGAAAAAGGGAAUUGCAAAAAGUUUCCUCAAAAAAAGAACAAGCAUGUUCAACAAGCAGAAAAAUGGCAACAUCCACACGGUGAAGAUCCAGCAGACGUACUGGGUGAAGGACACCAGCGAGGAGAAGAUGUUAGCACUGGGUGCGGUCCAGUUGGGGAAAGUGGUAGAGCAAGUGGACUAUUAUGACACAGACUUGUAUGAUCUAGCGGUCACUGAAAUCUGGCUUAGUAAGAUGGGGCGAGAAUGGAAACUGAUAGUGGGUAAGGGUACUCAGAACAACAGCCAAGACCUCCCAAAAGGAAAAGUGCAGACAAGUAAUCCGAGGACCCAAAAACUGAACUCAUUUGAAGGCAAAAGACAGACUUCAAAAACAUCAAAUUUAAAGACCUUCGAGAGCCAGAAAAAAGAUUCAAUAAACCAUCAAAAUGAAAAUGCAGAAACGGUAGAUAAUGAGAGAAACGGGAUAAAGGCACUAACCUGUUAUGCCCUAGAACAAGAAAAAGAAAUUAUAGCCUUCCUCUCCCAGGUUUUACAUGUCCAAGGAGAAACAAACAAUAUGAUGAUGGAGGUCUUUCUACAAGUGGCUGGGAUUCAGAGAUAUGCCACCAUCAGCAAUGUCACCCAAGAGACUUUUCAACUGACGAAUGACUACACCAUUCGGUUAAAAACAGAGGGGACCACUACUAAAAAGACAGCAGUUGUCUCACUCGAUGUGGAUAUCGAGAAUGUGGCUCAAGGAUUUCAAAGGUUGGAACAGCUGGCCAAAGAGCUGGACCUUCAACUUCAAAGUGUUUAGUGAGAAGCUGACCUUAAAAAUUUGUAUAUCUGGUCAAUUAUAUAAGGCAGUGGUAUCUAAACUGCGGCCCGAGGGCCAGAUUCAGCCCUUUGCUAGCCUUUAAAUCGGAACCUUGGGUCACUAUUCCUCUAGAAAGAGCGUCAGUGUGCGCACAGCAGCUGCGUCCUAAUAGACUUCAAUAGGAUGCCUGCACACAGUCCCUGGAUGCUAGAAAUGUUGGGGGGAAAAAUGGGCCAGUAUUUGGGCCUCAGGACCCAUGUAAAAAUAUGUCUAAAAUUUCAUAUUUCUAAAAAUAGGUCUGACAGAUUUCCCUCACUUUGAGAGAUUUCAUAUUUUUUUUUUUAAAUAUAUAGAAUAUUUACUAGUCCCUAUUUUAUCCAACUUAAAUAAAUGUAAAACCUGUAGGUACAUGCCAGAAGAGAAUUAUUAACUGUAUAGACUUCACCACUGAGUUCCAUUGCAGGACAAAAUUAAGGGGAAGACAUCCCCAGUUUUAAAGAGCAGCAUAAACUCUGUCCAUAAUAAAAUAUUUCAUCAACAUAA